UGUCACAAACAUUUAUUUCAGCAAGAACGCUUCUAUAAAUUCCUUCCUACCCCAAAUAACCCAACCGCGUCAGUAGCGAUCAGCACUCAUUACUCACCCAAGCUCCUCCCUCUUCUUCUUCAUCCUUCUUUGCUAAGUUUCUUAAUAAACAGUAGAAAUCAAUCAAGAUGAUAAGCCACCUAGUGAAGGAUGUGUUUUCUUCUGGAAAAAAGGGGGCGAAAGUGAAGGCCAAGGUGGUGAUGAUGAACAAGAACGUGCUCGAUCUAAACGACUUCAACGCCGCCAUUGUCAACCAAAUCCAAGACUUCCUCGGCCAGAAAGUCGAGUUCCGCCUCGCCAGCGCCACCGUCGGAGAUCCCAAUAACGGAAACAGAGGGGUGGUAGGACCGCCGGCGUGCGUGGAACCGUCGCUGCUUCCGGUCGUCCCAAAAAUUAUCGCCGGCGAGAAAACGUACUGGGUGACUUUCAUCGUGAACGAAAGCGAGGGGAUACCCGGCGCCGUCAUCGUCAAAAAUCGCCACCUGGCACAGUUUUUCCUAAAAUCUAUCACCAUUGAGAACUUCCCAGGAAAGGGUCGGAUCUACUUCGACUGCAACUCAUGGGUUUACAACUCUAAUAAGUACUCCUACGACCGCAUUUUUUUCGCCAACAACCCCUAUUUGCCGAAGCACACGCCGGAGCCGCUGCGGCCUUACCGGCAGGACGAGCUGCGAAACCUUCGGGGAGAUGGUGUGAACCGAAAGCUCGAGGAAUGGGACCGCGUUUACAGCUACGCGUACUACAAUGAUCUCGGGAACCCGGAUGGUAACCCGGAUAUGGCAAGGCCAGUGCUCGGCGGCUCCGCCGAGCUCCCAUAUCCCCGCCGGGGCAAGACUGGCCGUCCGCCGUCAAAGACUGAUCCGAAGUCGGAGAGCCGGCUUGGCAAGCUGGAGUUUGAGAUAUACGUGCCCCGCGACGAGCGGUUCGGCCAUGUCAAGCGGUCGGACUUUCUAGGCCACGGCAUACAAACAGUGGCAAAGGACCUGCUGCCCCUUCUUCAGGCCGUCGUCAACUUCACGAAGAAAGAGUUUGUCUCCUUCAAAGAUGUGCUGAGCCUCUACGAGGGCGGCCUGCAGCUCCCCGACAUCCCUCUGCUUCGCAAGUUCUUCCAGGCCUUGCCAUUCAGGUUUUUCAAGAGCGUCCUCAUCCCCGGCAAAGGCCAGCGCAGCUUGCUCAAGUUACCGAUGCCUCAAGUGAUUCAAAAUGAUAAGUGGGCGUGGAGGACCGACGAGGAGUUUGCGAGGGAAAUGUUGGCCGGCGUCAACCCUGUCAUCAUCCAACGCCUCAAGAAAUUCCCACCAAUCAGCCUGCUGGAUCCCAGCCAAUACGGCGACCAGAAUAGCACAAUAAAACUAAAGCAUAUCGAGGGAAACCUAGACGGCCUUUCUGUCCAACAAGCACUCGAGUCCAACAGGCUCUUUAUCCUCGAUCAUCACGACACCAUCAUGCCAUUUGUAAGACGAAUCAAUGCCACCGAUCGAAAGGUCUACGCCACCCGAACGCUGCUCUUCCUCAACAAUGACAGCACCCUGAAACCCCUCGCUAUUGAGCUUAGCCUCCCCCAUCCAGGUGGCGAUACUUUUGGCGCCAUAAGCACUGUAUACACGCCCAUGACUUCCGGUGUUGAAGGCUCAAUUUGGUCGCUUGCCAAAGCCUAUGUCAUCAUCAAUGACUCCUGCGUUCAUCAGCUUAUUAGCCACUGAAUCCUUCGUGGCAGGCUGCGCACUCACGCAGUGAUGGAACCCUUCGUGAUCGCCACAAACCGCCACCUGAGCGCGAUGCAC